UGCUAAAAAUCAUCAUUGCGAAAACGUAGCAAAUGAGAGCGUCUUUCCUACGUGGAUGUCAAAGUGAAAGUAGUCGGAAUGGAAGUUGUAAUCGUUGCUGCGGCCAGAACACCUGUUGGUUCUUUCAAUGGUGGACUGUCCACACUGCCAGCUCAUGACCUGGGAACUAUCUGUAUUAAGGAGGCUCUUACUCGUGCAGCCAUCAGUGGAGAGAAUGUGUCAGAAGUCAUUUUAGGACAAGUACUAACUGCAGGACAAGGUCAGAAUCCGGCUAGAAAGGCCAGUGUGAAUGGAGGCAUCCCUGUUCAUGUUCCUGCCUGUGGUGUCAAUAUGCUGUGUGGGUCCGGACUGAGGGCAGUGGUUCUGGGGUACCAGGCCAUCAGGACGGGGGAUGCUCACAUUGUAGUGGCAGGGGGUCAGGAAAACAUGAGUAUGGCUCCACACUGCAUUCACAUGAGGAAUGGGGUAAAAUUUGGUGACACUUCACUGACAGACACCAUGAUGAGUGACGGUCUUAUUGACACCUUCAACACGUACCACAUGGGAAUCACUGCUGAAAACGUUUCUAAGAAGUACAGCAUAUCAAGAGAAGAACAAGACCUUUUUGCACUUAGCUCUCAACAGAAGUGUGAGGCAGCACAGAAUUCUGGGUAUUUUGAUGAGGAAAUAGUUCCAGUUUCCAUAGCAACCAGACAAGGAACAAAGGUGGUCAAUAAGGACGAAUUUCCACGGCUUGGUUGUUCCAUAGAGGGGCUACAGAAACUCCGACCAGCUUUUGUAAAAGACGGGUCAGGAACAGUGACUGCAGGGAACGCUUCAGGAUUAAAUGACGGGGCUGCGGUGUGUGUGUUGAUGAGUGCGGACGAAGCAAAAUGUAGGUCCUUACAACCACUAUGUCGGAUAGUGUCCUGGGCACAGGCAGGGGUGGAUCCAGCUAUUAUGGGCAUGGGGCCAUUGGAUGCCACAAGGAAAGCCCUGGAGAAAGCCCAGUGGACAGUGAAUGAUGUGGAUUUGUUUGAGUUGAACGAAGCCUUCGCUGCCCAGUCUGUGGCCGUCGUCAAAGAACUCGGCUGUGAUCCUGCUAAGGUGAACAUAAACGGAGGUGCGAUAGCAAUAGGACAUCCCAUUGGAGCGUCAGGAGCAAGAGUUCUAGUGACAUUGUUACACGCCCUGAAACGAACCGGGAAAAAAAGGGGCGUGGCAGCCUUAUGUGUGGGAGGGGGAAUGGGCAUCGCCAUGUGUGUGGAGAGAGUUUGAUGUGAACAAUUGAUGCAUUUAACUUUUUGACUAUAAUAUACAUAUCAUGACUGAAUACUUAUAGGGAUCUACUGUACUUACACUUUGAGAAGUGACACUAAAAGGUAUCAUUGUUGUUUCUGUUUCCUUCGUAAUGGACACACUGAAUCGUAUCACAAACUUCGAUAUUCUUUUUCAAAUACACCAUAGUGACAACAUGAAAAAACAUCUUUGAUAUUUACCUCAUUUUCAUUCUAACACAAUGUAUUUCAUGUCAUGUUAAAGAAAUAUACCGGAAUCCAUUUGCACAAAAGUUUUACUAACUUUAAUUGACAGCCAACUUUCAAUGAAUUUUUAUAUGUAUUCAGCAUUAACUAGAUGUUAACUGUCAGUUAAACUUAACUAACCUUUGUAUAAAUGGAUACAGCACACAAAAAAUAAACUAAUUAAAAAGUU